AUGUUUCCAGUCACACGUAAAUUUUGUAAACAGCAAGUGGUGAGAAGAGAGAUGAAUGAACAUGUCAGCAAGGAUGAGACAUGCCCUAACAGUCCACUAGAAUGUGAAUUUAGUGAAGCAGGUUGUCAGUUUAUUGGCAAUAGAAAUGAAAUGACAAUUCAUGUACAAAAUGAACUUGCAUCUCAUCUUAGUCUUUUGAUGAAACAACAAUCUAAUACCAAGUCAUCACUUGAGUCAUUACUCUCAGCCACCAAGUCAUUACUUUCAUCCACAAGAGCUAGUCUUGCUAAAAAAGAAUGUGAACUUGAGCAUUUAAAAUCAUUUGUUACAGAGAAGAUUGGAAUGCCUGUUUCUCAACCUGACAUUUGUGUGUUCGAUUGGAAUAUAACCAAUUGGUCAAACUGGAGAAACAAAGCAGAGUUGAAUCCAUUCUGCAAGAUACUGUCAGAGCCAUUUCACACAGAACCACAAGGAUACAAGUUGCUUCUCGUGCUUUAUCCAGCUGGACUUAUCAGUAGUAGAGGAUCUCACGUCUUUGUUAGUGUUUUGAUGCAUAGCACAGACUAUACAACCAAACUUCAUACAAAACAGCACUGCAAGUUCUCAUUCACAUUAAUAGACCAACAGCCUGAUGCAAUGAAUGUGGUUGUAAUAGAAGAAAAAACACUGAAACAUUCGUCUCGCCCAUUUACUGUGAAUAUACAGCUGGAAGGUUCUCUCCAAGUUUAG